CAAUAAUAAUACUUGGUAACACUUGGGAUCCCCAACCAUUUCCUUCACUGUUUCUCCACUGCUACCGUCAUUGGAAAAUGCCGUCCGGUGAGGAUGGCUCCAUCAUCACCUUUCUGAAGAGAGAACUCGAAGCUUCGUUUGUGAAGAUCGAUUCUAUGGAGAAAGAGAAUCAUGAACUAAAACAAGAAAUGGGUCGUCUUAAGGCACAAAUCAACACACUAAAAGCACAUGAUUUAGAGAGGAAAUCGAUGCUAUGGAAGAAAUUACAGAGUUCGAUGGAAUGCGGCAAGGUUAUAGACGAACCAACACAAAAAACCAAGCUUCAAGUUGGGGUACUAGAGGCACCAUUAAAGAAACCAACUUCAAACCAUACAGAAGCAAAUGCGAUUCUACCGAAGCCACCACCUUCUCCACCACAGUGGCUGCAAAAACGAGUAAUAGCACCACCGCCACCACCGCCACCUCUACCUUCGUCUCCGGUUGGAUCAAGAGCUGUAAGACGUGUUCCAGCAGUUAUGGAAUUCUAUCGAUCACUAAUGAAGAGAGACACCCAGAAAGAGAACAAAAAUGGUGCCACAGGGUUCCUCCCAGUUACUUCUCGAGACAUGAUCGGAGAAAUCGAGAACCGGUCUACUUAUCUUACAUCUAUAAAAUCCGAUGUCGAGAAAUACGGCCAAUUGCUUAACUUUUUGAUACGAGAAGUACAAAGUGCAGCAUUUACUGAGAUUUCAGAUGUAGAGGCAUUUGUGAAGUGGCUAGAUGGCGAACUAUCGUGUCUUGUCGAUGAAAGGGCUGUACUAAAGCACUUCCCUCAAUGGCCGGAAAGAAAAGCCGAUGCUUUACGUGAAGCUGCUUUCAGUUACCGAGACCUCAAGAAUCUUGAAUCCGAAGUUUUAGCAUUCAAAAGCAUUCCAAAACAGCCAUUGAUUCAAUCGCUAAGGAAGAUUCAAGCACUGCAAGACAGAGUUGAGUCGAGCAUUAGUGGACUGGAAAGAACAAGAGAAAGUACAAGUAAGAAGUACAAGGAGCUUCAGAUUCCAUGGCAGUGGCUGAUGGACACCGGAGUUGUAGGUCAGAUAAAACUAAGUUCACUGAAACUGGCAAGAGAAUGUAUGAGAAGGAUAGCUAAAGAAUUAAAAAGCAACGAAGCUUCACGCGAGGGAGACCUUUUAAUUCAAGGUGUUCGAUUUGCUUUCCGGGUUCAUCAGUUUGCAGGAGGGUUUGACACAGAGACGAUGAAUGCGUUUGAAGAACUUAAGGAGAUCGGAAGCAGCAUCUACAAUAAGUAGGAGUUAAAGAUGGAUAAAUUAAUUGUAUAAUUUAAUUAUAUGUGUGUGGUUGAAAUGAUAAAAUAUGCUAUCUUGUUUUGACAAUAUAAAUGAAAAGAAUA